UUUCGCCAACCCGGAAGUGCCCAAACUAAUGACGCGUAGUAUUUUCACAUCGCCACAAGGUGUCAGUAAGAGUCUACAAUCAAAUGGGCAUAACAUUGCUGUCCCACAGGGCAUUUCCUGUGGGAAGGGAUUCGUUCCCAGGGAUUCGAAUAAAGAACCAACUCUUUUUCUUUACUAUAGUAGCCUCGAUAACGGGAACCGGUUCUCAAAAAGGGAUUUGAGUCCAUGGAAUCGGUUCUUUUCUUAUCGAACAACCGGUUUCGAACAUCAUCCCUAACCACAACGGAUCGAUACAGCGUCUGCAUUACUGAAGACGCCGCACCGAUCCGCCUGUCGAUCUCACGAUCCACUCUUCCCCCACUCGUGAGCAAGACUCCUUGGUACGUCAACUCCUCCACUUGGGGCAAGAUGUCCUCCCCAACUUGGAGAUGGCACUCCACCCUUUCCCGGGCGAGAACAUGCAGAUAUAAAUUAAAUACACUUAGGACAUAAGUAAAGGAAAUUCAAUGAGCUCAAAUAUAUCUACAAAUAAGGCAUAAUAAUGCAGUAUUUACAUACAACUAGCCUAAAUAGCAUGUUAGCAUCGAUUACCUUGCAGUCAUGGAUUGACCAAACAUGCCAGAUUAGCACUCCACACAAGUCAAUAACAUCAACAAAGCUCACCUUUGUGCAUUCACGCACAGCAUAAAACACUUGGUGGACAAAAUGAAGCGUGGCAUAAAACAUGUAUUUCUGUGGCAGCGUCGGAGAAAGUUGUACGUGUAAACAAACUACGAUGAGUUCAAGGAUCGCUGAAAUUAGUAGGACUCACCAAAUACUCUCAUCAGUGAAGCAUGUUUAACAUAAACAGUGAGAUGUCUAAUAAUUAGGAAGGUUUGUGUCAUGUUUGUUCGCCUACAGAAAAUAUAUUAAAAAUAUAUAUAUUAUUUUUUUCCAUUUUCACACAUCUCUGAAAGAGGUCCAGGGAGCCAGUAGGGCGGCGCUAUAGAGCCGCGGGUUGCUGAACCCCCGCCUUAGGCAGAGUCAUGUAGAAAGAGAGCGCAUGGCCAACUCGGUUUCAGGCGAUCUCCUCAAUGAUUGUUCAAAAUGCACUUUCGUGACAACAGGGCGCCAUGACUGCUACUAACUUUGAGCUGACGCUCGCUUUCCUCCUUACUUUUUCGACAUGUGUAAAUGCCCUGUUGUGCUCCACCCUCGAGACUUGUGGAAAGAGUUUACAUCGCUUUCCCCACAACCGGGAGAGAAGACAAGUAUGGGAAGUGAAGGAUCGCCAUCGACACUGGAGAGCCACCGCUUACAGCGUCUUGUGCCAGUCUUACGAACCUAAAUGAAGGAAGAAGUGUAAAGAAAUACAACCGAGGAAGGAAAAGAAUGCAAGAGAUGGAACAUCAAUCCUCAACAAAACUUCUGGAGCUUCUGUUUCUUCAUGCUGCCCAUGUUCUCCAGACAUGCUGCUACCCUCGUCUGCAUUGACCUGCUGUUCACCUGCUGGCAUUUGAAUGAUCAAACAUGAUGAAGACAGAACCGUCGUCGACCUCGGGGGACAAGGGCUCCUCCGGUGGCAACAGCGGGGGAAGCGGGAGCUCCAGCCUGCGCAGCGCCUCGCCGCACCGCAACGCGUACGAGGCGGGGCUGGCGGCGCUGAAGAAAGCCACCGAUCACCUCAACGGAGGCUAUGACCCCGCCUCCAAGCCGGCGCCCCUCCCCCGGCCGACCGGGAGGGGCCGUAAAUACGGCUCCAACGUUCACCGCAUCAAAAACAUGUUCAUGCAGAUGCAGUCUCCGGGCGAUGACGAAGAAGGAGACAAAAUGAUAGGGAAAGAGCAGGCCGUCAAACUGUCUUUGCCGAGAGCGUCCAGCCUCAACGAGAAUGUUGACCACAGCGCCUUGCUCAAACUGGGAGGAUCCGUUUCGGAGAGGGUGAACCGCUUUGACACCAAAGGAGAUGGAGAAGGCGGGAGCUCCUCGUCGGGCUUGUCCAAACUCCAGGAAACCAGGAGGAUGUUCGAACAACGAACGUUACAGGAGAAACAAGCUGCCACCAACAGGAUUUUGCUGAAGAAGGAGCGUGCGUCUGGUUUCCAGGACAGUCGCCUGGACGUUGUAGCACGUUUUAAUGGUUCUACAGAGGCUCUGGACCGAUUGGACGACCCCCCGAUUCCCGUCCCUGUCCCUGUCCCAACUCCCGCCCCCGUUUCACUUCCUGCUCCUGUUCCAAUUCCAGUUCCUGCCACUGCGGCUGCUCUCGGGCCUGGUGAGGCCGUCAGCCCCACCGUGAGCCAGCUCAGUGCCGUGUUUGAGAAGGCUGACCUGCAAAACAACCUCUACCUCCCCAACCGUCGGUCAAGACCUGCCCCAGCGCCAAAGCCAAAGCUUCCAGCCAAAGCAGGGACCGCCAGGAGCCAGAUAAAAGCGCCUCUUCCCAGCGAGGAGGACUCCGAGGGGGUGACAGCCGGAACUGUGACCAGCCAGGGAGCGGAGACUGAAGUGAUAGAUCCACUUCCACAGAGAGGCAUAGAAGGAGAGGCGGUCAGCGAGGAGGAGAGAUGUGGACAUUCAGGAGAUCUGCUCUUCAGCUCCUUGCCGUCGUCUCUGGCGGCCACUUUAUCUUCCUUUUCCGAGGCUAAGCCAGCGUCAGAGUCCCAGUCCGGGUCGACUGAAGACAGGGGCUCGAGUACGGUGGACGGGUCCGCUCCGAAGCCGCUCGCCGUGGAACAGCAUUGCUGUAUGGGGGACUCUGAUGCCGGAGCCAGGUUGGUGCAGGCGGAGGUGCACGCCACGCUUGAAAACGGACAGAAAGAGCCGCCGGUGUUUGAAGUGACACCCGCCGACUCUGAGACGAGAUGCGACGAAGAGGAGAACGACGAGGACGGCUCCAGGAAGGAGGAUUACUCCGAGGGGGAUCUGGUGGAUGUCAGCGCGUACAGCGGCCUCGGUGAGGACGACUCCGGGGGAAGCCAGCUGGACGAUGACGAGGACGACGACGAGGACGAAGCAUAUCAACCGGAGAGCAGCUGCACGGAAAUUGCUGGCCUUCCGGAGGAGGAGGAGCCUGCGCCCGCCAAUAGAAAGAUCCGCUUCAGCACUGAGCCAAUCAAGGUAUUCACCACCUACUGUAAUGAAGACUAUGAUCGGCGCAACGACGACGUGGACCCCAUGGCCGCCUCGGCCGAGUACGAGCUGGAGAAGAGAGUGGAGAAGCUGGAUCUGUUUCCCGUUGAGCUGGAGAAAGACAGCGACGGUCUGGGAAUCAGUAUCAUCGGCAUGGGUGCAGGAGCCGACAUGGGUCUGGAGAAACUGGGCAUCUUUGUUAAGACCGUCACCGAGGGAGGAGCUGCACAGCGAGAUGAGAGGAUCCAAGUGAACGACCUGAUCGUUGAGGUUGAUGGGACGAGUUUGGUUGGUGUGACUCAGAGCUUUGCGGCCUCUGUCCUACGCAACACAUCUGGCACUGUCAGGUUUGUGAUUGGUCGGGAAAAGCCGGGGGAGCAGAGUGAGGUGGCUCAGCUGAUCCAGCAAACUUUGGAACAGGAGCGAUGGCAGCGAGAGAUGAUGGAGCAGCGCUACAAACAGUACAUGGACGAGGAUGAGGAGACAGGCGAAUACGCCACUGACGAGGACGAGGAGAUGAGUCCCAUGUUUCCGAACUCCAUUGAGGUUUUUGACCUGGCGGAGCAGCAGGAGUCGUUGUCUCCGGUGGAGCUGGACCCUGAAAAGCUGACCCAUAAAUUCAAAGAGCUUCAGAUCAAACAUGCAGUCACACAAGCAGAGGUCCAGCUGCUCAAGAGGAAGCUGGCUCAUGCGGAGCAGGAUAAAUUGCGUUGGCGAAUGGAGCGUGCCCAGCUGGAACAAAGCAUCCGAGACAGUAAAGAGAGGAUGGAGAAACUGGAGGGGUACUGGAUGGAGGCCCAGUCCCUGUGUAAGGCGGUGGAUGAACACCUGAAGGAAACCCAGGCUCAGUACCAAACCUUAGAGAGAAAAUACAGCAAAGCCAAGAGAAUGAUUAAAGAAUAUCAGCAGAAGGAGAUUGAGUACCUGAAGAAGGAGACGGCUCAGCGUCAAGAAGGAGAGGAGAGUGAGGCCUCGCACAAAGAGGAGGCAGACAACUUGCAGGAAAAGAUCACUGACCUGGAGACCCAGGUGGAUGCCUUGAAACCCCCCAAUCCUUCCUAGAAGGGCUGCAGUCCAGGCCAGCACCCACGGCACGGCCAGGAAGGAGGUACUGUCCAAAACAAACUUGACAAUUGCAGCGCAGAACAUGAAGAAGAAGAAGAAGAGGUGACAUGCUUUGUGUCAAUGGUCCUUGUGUGUCUUCCUGGCAACUGGCUCGGCAAUCAGCACAUUCAACAUUUACGCUUUACACCUUUUAUUUUGUCCCGCCCGCUCCUCAAAGAUUGUCACUAAGUGCUUUAUGGGGUGACACUGGACGUGAAGCGAUGCUGUGCACAGCAAACAUAAGACAAGUGCCCAUUCUGAGACAUGACAUAAACAAAAACUGAAAACAAAAGAACAAAAUGCCCCCUUAGUCCACCCUCCCUAGUCCACCCUCCCUAGUCCGCCCCUUCCUAGUCCACCCUCCCUAGUCCGCCCCUUCCUAGUCCACCUCCCCAAAGGAAGGAAUCAGGUAAACAUUUGCAUUUCCCGUAUGAAAGCAUGUUUUGUAAAAACAAGUGCGAGCUUAAGCAAGGAACAAAUAAAUAUGUAAUAAUCACACACCCUUAAAAAGAUCCCCUCAUAAAAUCAUCAUUUUACUAAGUAAGAUUUAAUUUCAUUUUGAAUUGUUGGAACACAUUUUAAAAAGUGCUGCUGUCUCCCAGGAAAAACUUCAUGUGUCACCUGACAGUUUUUUUUUUUCCUGAGGUUUGAUUGGUUGGUAAAUGUCAAGGUUCGUACAGCGGGGGUGUCCAAACUUUUCUGGUUACGUUUUGUAUAAAUAUAUAUAAAUAUAUUUUUAAACAUGCUCAACAAGUUUACACUUACACCAUUCAAAGCUGUCUGAAAAGGAGUAGGAAGAAGCAAAGCCGUUCUCCAUGUCUCAGGAAUGACUGAUAGUUGUUUACUUCCUGUCUUUCAAUGUGAAUACUUUUUUAACGCAUAGUGAAAAUUUGCAUUAUUUAUUCUUGUUUUGUAAAUCAGCUUCAAAGUUACAGUAUUAUAGUAAUAAUACUACUACUAGUAUAAAGUUCCAGUAGAUCCCUGCAGACUCACAUUUUACGUCCCCUCACAUUUAUGCGUUUUUCCGAAUUUUUAGUAUUUCACUUGUUUAAAAACCCGCCCAUUUUGCUCUUCAAAAAUCAUCACAUGUUGUCUAAUUCAUUCUACAUCUGUAAUAAUUGAUAAAUAUGUGAUAAUUAGGACUAAAAUGUGUGCGUGACAUCAUCAGGCCAAGAUGGCGCCCUGUGUGGCCACGGAAGCACUACAGUCCACUUUGUUACAAGCCGCACUCAAAACUCUUAGCCAGGUGAACGCAAAUUGAUUAAGGAUCGUAACUCGUUAUUGAAAUGACAACAGCCUUCUUUUUGUACUAGCCUGUGGGGCCACGUGCUAUAGCUAGCCACUUUAGCGCUAGUGGCUAGACCUGGCCUGGGCAAUUAUUUUGACUCAGGGGCCACAUCUGGAGAAAAAAAAUGUGUCUGAGGGCCGGUAUAUCUAUUUUUAGGGACACUAAUACUAAACCUCACAAUAAUGUCUGAUUGAAUGCUAAAAACGUUACGACAGACUGCCUUAAAAAAUGUAAUGGAAUUUAACAUUUUUCUAUGAACGAUAAAACACUGACUAUUGACAACAUAUAUGAAUGUCACACCCCCUUUCCAUCGACAUAUUUUAUAAUCAAGUGAAACGCAACAAAAAUGCAACAAACAGUGAAAUAUGAACGCGAAGGGUACAAAAUAAACCCACUUACAAUCUGAUAUAUCACUAAGCUUUACAACUUUGUUGUGAAAAUCUCCUUCCACGUCUGUGGUAACGCUUCCCGCCCACACUGCUUGGUGCCUCGUCUGAGCUGCUGUGACGUAGAUGACCAUAGUAACUAAUUAGAUGACCAUAGUAACUAAUUAGAUGACCACAGUAACUAAUUAGAUGACCAUAGUAACUAAUUAGAUGACCACAGUAACUAAUUAGAUGACCAUAGUAACUAAUUAGAUGACCAUAGUAACUAAUUAGAUGACCACAGUAACUAAUUAGAUGACCAUAGUAACUAAUUAGAUGACCACAGUAACUAAUUAGAUGACCAUAGUAACUAAUUAGAUGACCACAGUAACUAAUUAGAUGACCACAGUAACUAAUUAGAUGACCAUAGUAACUAGUAUAUCAUGCAAAAGUGCAGAUUCCAACCAUUGAAAUACUUUGUAUAGUUGAAGACUUACGCUCAUUAGAAAACAUCACUGCACAUCAUAAUGGCAGCUAGUUUCCAUCUUAAACAUCUAAAAAAAAAUAUUUGGGAAUGUCCGGCGGGCCAGAUUGAAAAGCUUAACGGGCCUUAAUUUGCCCAGGUCUGGGCUAGACCGUGACUCCGAUUCCCUUUGUUCCAUCAGUCAAUCAUGAGUGGUGACUACCUCAACAUUGCACCAUCUAUAAAGUCAAUCCCACAUGUUUAGGGCUUAACCCUGGAUUGUGUUUCAAUGCGUUUAGCUUGUUAGCUUCCUUUGCCACUUGAAGAGUGACACAAAAGGUCAUUGGAGGUGAAUCUAGUCUAAUAAUUACAAAAAUUUAUUUUAUUACAAAUGUUGAUUUAGGGCCGCAAGAGAUUGACAAUGUCAAGCUUGCAAGCAGGGGGAGGACCGAGCCGGUGUUCUGGCGAGACAUGCAACCUUAAAACUCAUGCACCUCCGGCAUCUGUGCAUGAAUCCAGGAAAAAUGCGUAAAUGUAAUUAGACAUUGAAAUAAUCUUACACACGACUACAAUGGUUACUAGAAAUAGGGCCAAACAUAUUUUUAUUUGGUCAUUUAUCAGUCUUAAUACACUUUUCCACCACUUGUGGCAGUAAUGACAAUAUCCAUCCAUUUUCUACCGCUUGUCCCUUUUGGGGUCGUGGGGGUGCUGGAGCCUAUCUCAGCUGCAUUGGGGCGGAAGGCGGGGUACACCCUGGACAAGUCGCCACCUCAUCGCAGGGCCAACACAGAUAGACAGACAACAUUCACACACUAGGGCCAAUUUAGUGUUGCCAUACAUCAAACAAAAAAAAGAUAUUUGCUGAAGUCAUAGAGAAGUUUCUUAAGCGCAAAAAUUAUGACUUUAGUGGUGAAGCUGUAUUUUCAUUUACACUUUAAUUUUAUUGAGUUAAAAACAUAUAUUAUUAAAUGUAUUUAUUACAGCACAACAUAGCUGUAUGUAAAUGUAUUUGUUAUUAGUUGUAUUUAAUUAGCACGUAUUUGUCUAAUCAGCCUGACCUAAUUCUAAGCUUUAUGUGCUAAUCAAAUGAUCAUCUUUGUGAUGAACACAUGCUUUCAUAUCAUAAGUAAGGUUACUAAUUCAGUGUUAGUAUUUGAGUGGGCCCCGGGCUCCUCUGUAGUGGAUAAGUUGGGCCCCGAGGUCAAAAAGGUCAAGAACCUUUGAUUUAACAUCCAUGUUUCACACUACAAACUGUUAAAACGAUCUAAUGUAUGGUUUUUUUUAGGUCAUGGUUCCAUGUGAAGGUGUGGAAAAUCAUAAUUUGUUUAGUGAAACAUGUAUUAACAUUAGAGAUGUUUUAAAGCGAUUAUCGGCCGAUAAAUGCUUUAAAAUGUAAUAUCGGAAAUUAUUGGUUUGGAAAUUAUCGGUAUCGGUUUCAAAAAGUAAAAUUUCGGACUUUUUAAAACGCUGCUGUGUACACGGACGUAGGGAGAAGUACAGAGCCUCAAUAAACCUUAAAGGCACUGCCUUCGCGUGCCGGUGCAGUCAUAUAAUAUCUACGGCUUGUCACACACACAAGUGAAUGCAAGGCAUACUUGAUCAACAGCCAUACAGGUCACACUGAGGGUGGCCGUAUAAACAACUUUAACACUGUUACAAAUAUGCACCACACUGUGAACCUACACUAAACAAGAAUGACAAACACAUUUCGGGAGAACAUCCACACCGUAACACAACAUAAACACAACAGAACAAAUACCCAGAACCCCUUGCAGCACUAACUCUUCCGGGACGCUACAAUAUACAAUAUCAGGGAGAGCAUGUCCCAAAUUCCAAGCUGCUGUUUUGAGGCAUGUUAAAAAAAAUAAUGCACUUUGUGACUUCAAUAAUAAAUAUGGCAGUGCCAUGUUGGCAUUUUAUUCCAUAACUUGAGUUGAUUUAUUUUGGAAAACCUUGUUACAUAGUUUAAUGCAUCCAGCGGGGCAUCACAAGAAAAUUAGGCGUAAUAAUGUGUUAAUUCCACGACUGAAUAUAUCAGUAUCGGUUGAUAUCGGAAUCGGUAAUUAAGAGUUGGACAAUAUCGGAAUAUCUCUAAUGAACAUAUAUUAAAUGUUUAGUGAAACAAGUAUUAACAUGUAUGAAAUGACAACAUAGCAAAACAUAGUGUAACUAUUGUAUGUACCUUUAAGUUUCUUCAAUGCAAAAUUACAUUUCCGCAUUCCUUGUAUUCCUACACGUGUGCAGAUGUAGGCGGUGCACUUCAUGUCUCACCAGAACACCGACAUAGAGUAGGGUGGCGUCUCCAUGCAUCCAACCUUUAUUAGAGUGUCAAAAACACACAUUUUUAUUGGCGUCUCAAUUAUUUUUCAGCAUGCGCAGGUGGUCUGCUAACGUGCAGUAGAGUAGUGAAGGGUUAACAAGGCCCCAUGUCUAGUGGGAUCUGGUGUGGCGACUGAUGCUGUGUUGCCACAAAACACAUGUCAAGAUAUUCGACACUCGUGCACGGCCCAAAUUGGUCACGUUACAUGUGUCAGGUAAAUGAAUCCCCGUCAUACUGCAUCCUCCGCGAAUAGCAGGGAUCUACUGUAAGUAUUAUUUUGAAUUUCAAACAUUUUGUUCUCCACCUUGUUAAAUAAUAUUUUUUGAAUGUGCGAUGUGCCAAUAAAAAAAAAACCAAGCUGCAACCGCACUUUGGACACCCCUCAUGUACAGCAGUAGAAUUGACAACCUAACUAUAAACAUCUGGAACAAGUAAUGGAUUACCUGAUAACAUUUUGGAUCCACUUCAGGUGCGGUCGGUUAUGAGGAAGGCGACCAUGUUGGUGGUCCAGAUUUUAGUGUUGGUGAAAAGCCAACAGACAAAAGUUCAUAGACUAACAUGUUUUUUAUUUACAUUCUAUUGCUGUUUUAUCUGUGACUCUCAACACCCGAGGAAGGUCUUUCCAUCUUCCACCACACAAAGUAGAAUAUGGCCGUGGCAGAGUGAAUAACAAAGGUAGACAUUCAUAUCGGUGUGUUGCUUCAAUAUCUAACCUACAGUGUAAUUAUUUCUAAAAAGUGCAGAGCAGAACUGGACAAUGUAUUGUUGUAUAAAUGAAAUAUGUGAUCUGGCAGGACAGAAAUGACAUUUGUAUAUAACAAACAAUAAACCAGCGAGGACCUACAUUUCAAACUUGAAUUACAGUUAGUAUACAGCAUUUACAUUUUUUACACUAAUAACCAUGUUUUCUUCUUUUUAUAUUGGACACAUGUGACAUUUUUAUUUAUUUAUAUUAAUUUUCUUUAUUUUAUUGUAUUAAAAAAAAUACUGGGACUCUUUCAAAUUGGAGAAAAAAAUAAGACUUACAGUUUGUACAGCAUUGAAAAUAUUUUACACUAAUAACCAUGUUUUCUUUUUUUAUAUAUAUAUUGGAUUAUUUAAAAAUUAAGAAAAUAAAAUAAGUCUUGAUUUGAAUAAUGUGCAAAAUAUACAGGUUAUCACUUAAAAAAUGUGAUAAAUAUAAUUUUGGGAGUGUGUGUUUAAAGCAGGUCUGUGCUCGGGCUUGUUAACCAACAAAGUAUUCACAGCACUUUGCUUCUUCCACAUUUUGUUCCGUCACAGUGUUACUCCAAAAUAAAAUAACAUUGUCUCUCUAAAAAUUCUACACAAAACACCCAUAAUGACAACAUGAAAACAUUUUAAAAAAUGUUUGCAAAUGUAUUAAAAAUAAAAAACUAAAGUAUUCCCAGCCAUUGCUCAAGCUUUAAAUUAAUUGCAGCCUCUAAUUAACUUAAAGCUGCGACCCGCGAGACUCCGCCUCUUUUCUGAAGUCCGCAAAUUGCAACCCGAGCAUAGACAUUCUUGUAUCGAUUUGUUUUAUUAAUUUAACCUAAAAUAAAAAGAAAACAUUGAAGUAUAAUUUUUAAAUGCCAUUUAAAACACAUUAGCCAUGAUAUGUCCCUGCAUUUAAAUUGCUAAUGUAGCUAACUGACAUGCAAUAAUUGUACCAUUUGGAUGAAUAAUGAACAACUAUUUCUAUUUAUUAACAUUUAUAUGUGUUGUUAUAGUCUCUAGCCAUCACGUUUAGUAUCUUUAGCGAGGCAAACUUUUGGGAUUGAGCCAAAGUUUUAUAGUAUUAGUGUCAUUGAAAACCAUAAAAGAAUACCAUUUGAAAAUUCAGUGUUUUUUGCCCUCCAUUUCUUAUUUAAAAUAUAUUGCAUACAAUUGAAGCUCUUAUUUUUAAUAACUUUCCCAGUUGAAUAUAUUGCGUUAGUGGAUAGAAGUCCUCCAUUUAUGAUACCGGCUUGUUGUAUUUGCAAAUGGAUUUCCCAGCCUUGGACAAGGUGUGUCAUAGUGAGUAGAAUGAUGUCUGCUUCACAGCACAUUGUUAACCACUACAAAUGUGUCACAUUUCACUCAUUCAUAUUCAACCAAGUGAAGCUAAAGCUUCUUUUUCUGUCAUUAAAGCUCAUUUUCAACCCAUUUAACAAUUCUACUGGCCAGAUAUUAUCAUUCAACUGUUAGAUGUAUUCAACAAAUGAAGAUAAAACAAGCUAGGAAACAUUUUGUAGUUUUGGUCAUGUGACUAUCAAGGAUGUGGCUAGCUUCCACAAAGCUAGCCAAGUUCCAAAAUAUAUAUUUUUUUGCCAUUAAAGCUAAUUUUCAACAUUUUUUUAAUGCAUGAAUAGGGUAUCAUAUAUGAAAUUGCUACUAAACUUAGUCAAUAAAUUCAUAUACAACAAACUAGGAAACAUAUUUGGAGAGCUAGUCAUGUGACUUGCACAGUAUCUGCCCUACCCAAAAUGGCGGCGUGUCAAGUAAGCUAGCACAUUUCCCAAAGCUUAUUUUUGUUGCGAUUAAAGCUCAAUUUAAACCCACUUAAAGUUUCUAAUGCGUUAAUACGGUGCCAGAUGUUACAAUUCAAAUGUUUUUACUACUUUAGUCGAUGGAUUUAUAUAAAACCUGUUAGUUAAGCUAGCUUAUUUCCAAAAUAUAUAUAUCUAUUUUACCGUUACAGCAAACUUAAAACCCAUUGAAUAAUUCCAAUGCAUUCAUGGGGUGGCAGAUAUUAUAAUUCAAAGGUUUAUAGUAGAUUUAUUCAAAUAAAAUGAUGUAGUAAACAUUUAGGAGUGGUUGUCAUGUGACUAUCCCAGGACGUGGCUUCCCCAAAAUGGUGGCGUGUCAGGUAAGCUCGCUCAUUUCCAAAAGCUUAUUUUUUUGCCAUUAAAGCUCAUUUUCAACCCAUGUAACAAUUAUGUCUUAAUUAGCUGGCAGAUAUAAGUGUUUCUCCUAGAUGUAUUCAAUUAAUUAUUUUAAAACAAGCUAGGGAACAUUUUGGACUGGUUGGAAUGCGACUAUCCCCAAAAUGGCUGACUUAUGUAAACUAGAAUAGCUCAAUUCCAAAAGAUUAAAAAAAAAAUGUUGCCAUUACACCCAUUUAACAAUUGUUAUGCGUUAAUGGGGUGCCAGAUAUGAUUGAGAUGUUUCUACUAGAUGAAUUCACGGGAAACAUUUAGGAGUGGUUGUCAUGUGACUAUCCCAGGACGUGUCAGGUAAGAUAGCUUAUUUUUUUGCUACUAAAGCUCAUUUUAAACCCAUUCAACAAUUCUAAUGUCUUAAUAGGGUGUCAAUUACUACAAUUAAACAAUUCUUACUAGUUUUCUUCAAUUACUUCAUAUAUAAAAAAGCGAGAAAACAUAGGCCAGAUAUGCUACGGAGAGCCUGACAAUAGCACAAAUGCUAAUAAGUCACUCCAAAAAUGUCAAUAUUUUCUUAAUUGGUCUGGGUUCUUAUGGGUUAAUGUUGCUACUAAAGUGUACCAAAACAGUAUUUUUCAAACUUUUGAGCCGAGGCACAUAUUUUCCAUGAGAAAGACCACAAACAAACAAGUUGAUUAGCAUUAAUUAGCAUUAGCAUAUUGUUCUGCCUGUCAUGUACAUUGCUGGCAUGGAUAGAUGAACUAAGAUAAAUUAACCGUCAUUUUCAAACUGAUUACCGUAUUUUUCGGAGUAUAAGUCGCUCCGGAGUAUAAGUCGCACCGGCCGAAAAUGCAUAAUAAAGAAGGAAAUGCAUUUUCGGCUGGUUCGACUUAUACUCCGGAGCGACUUAUACUCCGAAAAAUACGGUAAAUAUAUCAGAGUUUGGCUUACUCAAAUAGGGUUAGUCCACAAUUUAACGUAUUUCUUCGAGGUAGCGAGCCUUUGGAAUAGGGUACAGUUUUUUAAAUUUUGUACGAUCCAUUUGAAUCCAGUGUGUUGUUCUCUCACUCUCUCACAUUACCGCAGCUACGCUACAGCCAUGUAAAUAAAACCUCGGUCCAGUCAAAAUGGCUACCCGGCACACACAAUCCAUUGUGAAAACACACUUGCUCUUUGGAGAGCCCCGUAGAAAACCAGAACAAUCGAGCCGCACUUUCGCCAAAAACAUAAAUAUGAUGUUAGUUUUCUACUUUGUAGUCUUGUGGCUAAAACUGUCGAGAUUUAGAUGAUCUUGUCCAUGAGGUUUGUAUUAUUUAGUCCCCAGGUGUGAUUUUGUCAUUGCUAGGAAAAUUAGGCAAACUCUCCUGUCUCCGCCUUUUUGCUUAGUGGUGUGUUUGCGCAGCAUGCUAGCAUGUUCCAUGAAGCCAACAGCACACUUUACUGCACCUCAGCUUCUUUUGUCAAGGCCUCGUCAGCUCCUUUUGCCUUCAAUGUCCUGCAUAGUGUGGAGGGAGGCAGCGUCACACGCCCUCUGAUGCCUUCUGCACACAAACAUGAAUGAAUUGCUCUCGUAUUUCACCGACUGUUGAAGGAUUGUGGGAAGUGCCUUGCUCAAAGGGUAACGACAAAGAUAGAAGGUUUGGUAUGAUUUCAUUCUCAGGGUGGAAACAAAACUGGAGAAGUUUGUCCUUAGAAUCACUACUAAAUGUCCACUCCAGUCUAGUAUGGAGGUGUAUAUUAUUUAUGUUUUGUUCCGCCUCCUUCCCUAAACCCUCCUUUGUUCAUGUGCUUGGCUUCUUGGAGCAAAGUGAGAAGUCUGCCAUGUUGGAAAAAGACGUGAGUGCGACAAUCUUUACCGCUCUGCCUGCUUCUCUUCUUCAGUGGACCGCGCCACCUUUGUCUCAACACCUGUUAGCAUUUCAAUAAACAUGUUCAACAACAA